CUGUUAUCAGUUAUUCGACAGUGUGGCAGUAUUAAAUCAACUUGAACGGAAAAUCAAUUAUUUGGUAAAUGCGUGGCACCCACAAUGGAACACAAAGAAAGACUGUUGUAGCGAAAGAAGUUUAGUUAAAAAACACUCCGCCAUGCCCAGCAGUCUACUGUUCGCCACCAGCAGCGAGGGCCGCGUUCACACGCUGUCCACAAGCUCAAGUGGAUGGCGCGAAUUCCCCUAUCUUGGAUUGGAGUUCAAGAAAAUCAGUGCUGUGCCCAACUAUAUGUGGGCCAUUGGUGGCGAUCGGCAGGUGUAUGUGCAUGUGCAUGGACUCGAUGUGCCCAUUCGUGUCAAAGAGGAAUCCUAUGAGAACGAACGUUGGCUGCCCAUCGAGGGAUUCUCGAAGACGCUGCUGCCCACCGAUCGCUAUCGUUACUCAAAUGUUGAUGGCAGCGUCGAACGGAGCGUCGACAAGAUACGUUUGCCUUCCAUGGCCUGGCAGUGGGAUGGUGAUUGGCAUUUGGAUCUCGAACUCGAUGGCCAGCAAUUAGCCGAGGAUGGCUGGAUGUAUGCACUGGAUUUCCCAGCAUCCUAUUCAGCCAAAAAGUCAUGGAACUCAUAUGUGAGGCGUCGCAAGUGGAUACGCUUUCGACGCUAUGCGGCGCUCAAUAGCUGGUGUGCCGUCGCUCCAUUGCACAAGGAUCCUACACAGGAGCCCUUCAUCGAUGUAGCCAUCGGAGGCACCCACGUACCCAAUGCUCGAGUUGGCACUCUUUGCGUAUGGGCCAUAACGGCUCAUGGUCGUGCCAUGUUUCGCACUGGUGUCACACAGUUUGCUCCCGAAGGUCUGCGCUGGACUGCCAUCAAUACUCCCACUGGAAGCGAGCUCGCCCAAAUUAGCGUAGGUCCCACUGGCCUGGUUUGGGCUGUGCUCUACAAUGGUCGCGUUAUUGUGCGCACGGGGAUAACUCGGGACAACCUGUCGGGCGAGGCAUGGCUAGAUGUCAAAUCACCAGUUGCUACAAGUUCGCAAUCGGAUACGCCGCGUGGACUGCGUAUUGUUCAGAUCUCGGUGGGCACCGAUGCCGUGUGGUGCAUUACAAACGAUAAUCAUGCGUGGUUUCGACGUGGCAUCAAAGGCGAUGCGGCAGGCAUAAGUGAGGAUGCCGCCAUAGGAAGAGGCUGGGUGGAAAUGGUAGGCAAUCUAUCAAUGAUCUCGGUGGCUCCUAAUGAUCAGGUGUUUGCUAUUGGCGCAGCUGAUCGCGCCAUUUACUAUCGAUCUGGCGUCAGUGCAGCGGAUCCCACCGGCAAAAAGUGGCUGAAGAUACAGUGUUCAAUGCAAAUAAGUCGGUCAUCCAGUUCCUUGUCCAUUGUGUCACGUAAGAGUGGAGGCAGCAGCUCCACGCCCGGUUCCAAACAUCAAAGCUUCUCCAAUCUGUAUUCGAAGGAAAAAGAGAAGGGCGUGGUGGAAACGUGUGCUGUCAUUGAAACCGUCAGCAACCACAGCAAUGCAUCCCUCAGCAAUGGUCUCAAUAAUCGCUUGAAGAAUGAGCGUUGGAAGCUCAACGCUGACUCGCCGCCCACAAUUGGCAGUCUUAAUUUGAAUGAGCGGCAGAAACAUCGUGCCACCGCCUUGCGAGAGACCUCCUCGCAUGCCUCCAGUGCACCUGCUGCAGACAUUGCCGAGAUCACCGGCAAAUUCGAGACACAGCUGAAGAAUCCACGCGCCUGGUCGCCAGUGCGCAGCGUUGGCUCUGUUGUGGGCACGGAGGCGCAUCCGGAAAGCGAUUUGGCUGUAUUUGAGUCGGAAUCCACGCAUGGAUCUGAUGCCUUCCUAGGCGAAGAUGACGACCACAAUGGCUCACAGUUUUGGACCGAGUGUGCGGUAAUGUGGAGCUGCAUUGCAACGGGCGCCGUCACCGUUGAUGUCAACAACAUACCCAAUUGGUUCAACGACCACUUGGCGAACGACGGCAAAGCCGAGGCGAAUCCCAUGUGGCGCAACGAUAUACUCGACAAGCUCAAGCAACGCCAACUCAGUCUGGCCAAGUUGCAGCAGGUAACGCACUUCGAGAAGGCCGUGGAGCUCACCUCUUGGGUGAAAUCAGCUGAUGCUCGCUAUCAGCAUCCAGCUGGUGACUACGACGACUGCAUCAUUGAGCUGGAGUGGGUAAGCGGUACAGGCACGGGAAGCGACAGCACCACCGACAGCGAUUCCGGUACCUUCACGGUGCUCAGCCCUGAUGGAGCUGCCACCAAGAUACAGUUCACGCUCUCGGAUAUUACGUGUGUGCAGUGCUGCAGUGAACCGGGCGCGCCACGUCUGGCCAUACACGCAGUGCAUCUGCCUAUCAAUUUCAGUCCCGUCAAGCUGCAGUUUGCCGGCGAUGCCGAAAUGGAGGAUUGGUUAUCGCACUUGUCGUCGGUGUGCAGCCAAAUCAAUAUGCUAAUGGGCAAGCCGGCGAGCAAUGCCAUCUGGCUGACCAGCGAUCUGGGUGAUGUGUUUGUCUUUGAUGCGGCCAACAUGAAGGCGCAGCAGUUGGAGAAAACCGAUAGUGGAAACUGUCACUACGUGGAACGCAUGGAUCUGUCCACCUGCGAGACGCCCUACUACAACACGCUCUACAAUGGCAUGCCUUGUGGCAGCGAACUGGAAAUCACUGGCUGUGUGUACGAUGAUGCCGACCAAAUACGCUUCGAUUUGCAGUGCCAUUCGAAUAUCAAGGCAUUGCCUCAUCGUGUGGAGAAGUAUCGUGUGAUUGCCAUGCAUUUGAAUCCACGUUUCAAUGAGCGCACAACAGUACUCAACUCCAUGGUUGACUCAGAGUGGCUCGAUGAAAUACGGAACGAUCGCAUGGUAUUUGCACCUGGCGCUAGUUUCACUGUUAAAAUUAGAGCUCUUCAGAAUCAGUAUCAGAUAGUAGUCAACAAUGCGCUCUACGCCGACUAUAAAUAUCGCACUGAUCCCGCCGCCGUCACUUGCCUCUAUGUCAGUGGACGCGUUAAGCUCUUCAAUGUCGUGUAUCGUUCGCCCUCGCUGAUUGUGUCGAUGCAGCAGAUGCACUGGCGACAAAUGGGUGGACAUGUUAAGCGUGUUUACAACAGUGGCGUCGAUGUUGUCUGGGGCAUUGCUUGCGAUAAUACAGCUUGGGCGUAUAAUAGCGGCUGGGGCGGCAUGUUUCUCAAAGGACUUGAGGGAUCGGGCAAAAUUAAUACCAUGAUCGAUACACACACUUAUUAUGUGUAUGAGAAUCAACGCUGGAAUCCCAUUAGUGGCUUCACUGCCAAGAGCUUGCCCACCGAUAGACAUAUGUGGAGCGAUGCCACUGGACGACAAAAGCGUAGCAAGGAGCACACCAAGCUGCUGUCCACGCACUGCGAAUGGAUCUCCGACUGGGCCAUUGACUAUAACAUUCCCGGUGGCGCUGAUAAGGAAGGUUGGCAAUAUGCCAUCGACUUUCCAGCUAACUACCAUGCGCACAAGAAGCUGACGGAUUGUGUGCGACGACGACGUUGGAUGAAAAAGUGCAGGCUUAGCAGCAGCGGACCUUGGCAAGAACUCAGCCAUUCCAAGAUACUUGAUGCUGCCUUACAGGUGUUGGACGACGAUGUAGACAGCGCGCUUAAUGUAGAGGAUAUGCCCGUGGCUGCUUGGGCCAUUGCCUCGAAUGGCGAUGUUUUGAUUCGACAUGGCGUUACCACAUUGAACCCACGCGGAGAUAGCUGGGAGCACAUUGUUAGCGAUCAGCCGCUGAUUGGCAUUAGCGUGUCGCCAACAGGACAAGUGUGGGCGGUUGCCAGGAAUGGUAUGAUCUUCUAUCGCUUUGGCGUCAAUAAGCUCAAUCCGUGUGGCGACGCUUGGCAACAGGUGGAGGCCCCACCGGGCGUUACUUUUAAGGCUAUUAGUGUGGGUCGUGCUGGUAUCUGGGCAUUGGACAACCAGCAACGGUUGGCAGUGCGCAAGGAGAUCACUCGCACAUUCCCCGAAGGAUCGCAUUGGCAAUUUCUUCCAAAUGCUGCCAAUGUUCCGCCACACACGGAAACACACUGUGGCUUUAGAUCCGUAUCAGUUGGCAAAGAAGUCUGGGCUAUAUCCCUAAAUGGCGUCGUUUGUCGGCGAUGCGGCAUAACCAAAGAGAAUCCAGCAGGAGCUGGAUGGAAUCUCGGCAUUGCAGGCCAGUGGCAACAUUUGUCUGUGGAGGGUUAUAUGUAACCUGCAUUCCGCUUUCAGUAUUUAUAUGUGUAUAUAUUCCCAGUUACCCAAUAUGGGUACGAAAUGGGUGAUAACGUUGUGCAUAUUUAUAGAACAGUCAUUGUAUUGGAUGCACAUAGGAUGUUUAGUCAAAACAUUAUUCUUAAUUUGCGAAUAAUCUACAAAAAUUAUUCCUUUACGAUACAUUCUGUAAUCAACUAAAUUUAUUUUAUAUUGAUAUUGUCAGCAUCAUACUUCCUUAUAAUUUUAAAUUAUUUAAUUAUUAAUAGAGCUAAGUCUAAGUUAUGUGCAUCCAUUCGACAGCCAAGUCUAAUUUAAAUUAUUAUAUUUAUUAUUUAUAUUCAACUAGCGAACCUGACAUGUAUUUAUACAGCUUUUGCAUAAUACAUUGCUUAGAUUUACAAA